AAGCGGAUCCCGCGCUGAUCAGUCAGUUUUGUGCGCGCGGACAGUAAACAAACGGCGAUCAAUCGCUGAUCACGCGCUCGGCAGAAGUUCGAAAGUCGUGAUCGGUUCCGUGAAACAUGGCGACCCCUCCGAAGAGGCCGUGCUCCGGGCCCCGCAGCCCGCCGCUGGACGGCAGCUUCUCCCGCCGCCUCAAGAAGAUCUCCAUCGAGGGAAACAUCGCUGCAGGAAAGUCGACUUUUGUUCGCCUCCUUCAAGCAGCGUCAGACGACUGGGAGGUGAUCCCUGAGCCCAUCGCCAAAUGGUGCAACAUCCAGAAUGACAGCGAUGAUGUUUACCAGGAUCUGAGUUCCUCUCAGAAAAGUGGAGGAAACCUGCUGCAGAUGUUGUACGAUAAACCCAGUCGCUGGUCCUACACCUUUCAGAGUUACGCGUGUCUCAGCCGAGUUCGUGCUCAGCUUCAGUCUCCUUCAGCCAAACUUCAGCAGGCGGAGAAUCCAGUUCAGUUCUACGAACGCUCCGUCUACUCCGACAGGUACGUGUUUGCAUCCAACCUGUUUGAAUGCGGGAACCUGACAGAAGCGGAGUUCAGUGUUUAUCAGGACUGGCACACCUGGUUACUGAACCAGUUUGAACCGGACAUCACUCUCGAUGCCAUCAUCUACCUGAGAGCCCCACCACAGCGCUGUAUGCAGCGGUUGCUCCAUCGGGGUCGGGACGAGGAGCAGGGCAUUCCUCUGGAGUACCUGGAACAGCUUCACUUCAAGCAUGAGUCCUGGUUGUACCACAGGAACCUGAGGUGA